AUGGAUGACGCGCCUUCUUCAGCUAAGCUCGCGCGAGAGCGUGAUGAUGACUCUGGCGACGAGCCCCUCGCUAAGCGGGCGAGGACCGAACCUCAGGAAGAAGUUCAGGUGUCGACUAGUGUAGCCGAUGGAGUAAAGAACUCCAAGGGCCUGCAGGGCAUCGAGAACUGGAACAACACGGGCCUGGAUGCUCGUAAGAUCACCCCCUUCCAAGUACGCGAGAUCAGGCGCAUCAUUGCGGGGGUGAAGAAGACCAAGAGUGGCGGUCACUUCAAGGAUUCCGUUUCAAAGAUGUGGCCUUCGCUAGCGGAUGCCUACCUGGCCAAGAUCCACGACCCCACUGAUCUCGGCGAGUUGGAGCGUGCCCUACGCGAGCAGGUAUACGCUACCCUCGGCGAUUUCAAGGAGAGGCUUGCGCUCAUCUACACCAACACUCUAGCCUUCAACGGCGAGUACCACGAGAUAACUCUCGCCGGUCUCAACGUUGUCGAGACGGUGUGGACCAAGGCGUUAUCCCGCGCGGUAACACAGCAGCCGCCGCCGCCCCCGGUGGAGGCGCCAGCGCCCAAGCCCGCACCUGUUGAGCGCCCUGCGUCGAAGCCUAAGCAGUCCCAGGCAAACCGCCGGGCUUCGAGCACAGCGGUCAGCCCAACAGAUGGAGCGGAUCAGACGUUUGCGCUGCCGCCUGGAGGGGUUCCUCAGAUCAGGAGGGCAUCGACGAAUGCGGACGGAGACAGACCGAAGCGGGCUAUUCACCCGCCUAAGAGCAAGGAUAUUGACUACUCGUCCAAGUCGUCGGUGGCCAAGAAGCACCUCAAACCCGAGAUCCAGUUCUGCGAUGAGGUCCUGCGCGAAGUAAUGGACGAGAGGAACUACCAUCUCAACGCGGCGUUCCUUGUACCCGUGGAUCCCGUGGCGCUGGGCAUCCCCACAUAUUUCAACGUCAUCAAGAAGCCGAUGGAUCUGAGCACCAUCUCGACGAAGCUCAACGCGGGAGAGUACACCCACCCCAAGCAGUUUCAGCAGGACAUGGAACUCAUGUUCAACAACUGCUUCAAGUUCAACACCAACGGGACACCAGUGCACGUUCAGGGUAAGCAGCUCAAGUCACUGUUUCAGUCCGAGAUGGCGAAGAAGGACCAGUGGCUCGCCAAACACGCGUCGAGCAAGCCCGGCUCGACGGCGUCCGACGGUCACAGCGACGAAGAGUCCGAGGCGGAAGUCGAGGUGGCAGUCGGUGGCGACGCGGCCGUGCUAGCAGCGACCAUUGCAACGCUGCAGGAGAAGCUUCAGGAGGAGACGACCAAGCUGAACCUACUGUACAUGGAAGACCUGCCCAACGAGGCGCUUAUCAGGCUCCAGUCGACUGUGUUGUCUACCGUCCAACAGAGUCUGCUCGCGGAGAAGCAAAAGUACGCCGCGAUGAAGUCGGACAAGCCCGUCAAGGCCAAGGCCGCCACCAAGACGGCCAAGGCCAAGGGUAAUGCCGGUGGUCGCAAAUCGACGGGCUCCGCAGCACCCAAGAAGGCGACGGCGACGGCGAAGAAGCCGGCCAAGAAGGAGCGGAGCUGGGGUGCCGCCGAAAGGAACCAGAUUGCCACAGCGCUCAGCGAUCCCUCUUUCUCCAGCAUCGAGCAAGCUAUCUCGAUCAUUAAGAAGGAUACUGGCCAAGCAGAGAACAAUGCCGGUGUGUUGGAGCUAGAUAUUGACCAAUUGAGCACAACGGCGAUCCAAAAGCUGUGGGACCUCUGUUCCAAGGCUGUCACGGGCUUCGGGCGCGACGCCACAGCCGACGCAGGGCGCGGGAGCAGCCCCCAGGCGGACGCGACGGCAAACUCGCGAGCGCCCAAGACGAAGAAGAAGAACAAGCCAAUGAACGCGCGCGAACAAGAGGAACGCAUCAGCAAGCUGAAGGGCAUCCGCGAUCAGUUCCGAGCAGGUGGCGGUGGCCAAGCGGCAUCUCCCAAGGCGAACGACUCUAUCACAGCGUUAACGCCAACCGCUAUGGACGACGACAGCAGCGACUCGUCGGACUCGGAAGAGGAAUAA